AUCCCCGUCACCUUCAGUUGAUGAGCCUGUAGACCUGGAGAGAUAGACGCUCCGCCACACCAUCUCCGAGCUCUGUAACUCACUUAAAGCCCUUGUGGAGUGCGAGAUGAGCUCACCGAGCAACUAUCAUGCGCGAUUGCAAUUUGAAAAGACGAACAGUUAUGCGAGGGUUUACGUUUCAAAGGAUGAGUCGACACUUCCAUCUUUAGAAAAGCACGAACUCCAACAGGCGAUGCAGCAUAGGAUUUCUAGCUCCAUCCUACCCGUCAAUACCAGGCCAGUUUGCCCACCACUCGAGCUGUGCGGCCUUCACGAGACUGAAAAGAGCUCUGUAACCGAGGCUCUAGAGAUGAAAAGUUGGGCGUCUCGUCACCCCUUCUCCGACCUCGAACCAGCAGACCUAUUAAUAUUAACGCCAUACUACCUACCCUACUACCUCGGUGGGAUCGAUCCUUGGCGGGAGAGCCUUAGGGUGUUCCCCCCAGGCUAUCCUGACGAGGAUCUCAAGAACACGAUUAAGAAAACUAUUCAAACCUACGAAAUUCAGCUUAAUCUACUAGAGCAGCAGAAUAAGAAACGCCUGGUGAUGGCGCGACAGGAGCAGGGCGAAGUGUUCCGUGCUAGUAAUGCCUAGCCUGUGGCCUUAUAGGAGCAGCACCAGGAGUACGCUAUACAGCAGGAUUCUAUGAACAAGGCUGUGAAUUCAAGGGUUAGGACGAGCAGAAAAGAGAAAAACGGAAGGCAAAAAGUAGACACAGGAAGCAGAAACGGAGAC